UCCAAAAUUUUUGUAAACAAAUACAAAAAAAAUGAAAUACUGAAAUGAGAUAUAAAACUAAGAGAGUGCAGCUGAGUUCAAUGUACAAUAACCUAAAUCUUUAUAGGAAAUCAAUUAGCAAAGAUAUAUCGAUCUUUAUAUCGGAUCAAACAAGGAGUACACAGCUUGAUGGCGCCAGGCAAGUGAAACGCCAAGAUCAAGAAUACAUGCAGAUACAACAUGCUAUGCAUUCUGGCAACAUGUCCGAUAAACUGAAUCAAAAAUGGAUAUAUCUAUGCAAAAAUACGCAGGAGGAAUGCGGAGUUCAUGGGAAAAUAAAUAGUCGUGAAAAGAAUCAUAUGGAAUGGAAACCAUUGAGUGUUAUCAGACUCUCACAAAUGUAUCUAACAAGGUGUUUGUUUCGUGGAAUAUUACAUCGAAAGAAUAAAUACAGAUCGAAAUUAUUUGCCCAAAAUGGAUUAUCAAGUUGGAUUACCUUAUUCACAUUCGUGAUAUACGUCAUUUUGUCUACAUCGCCACCAACAGCUGCUGAUUACUAUUCAGAUUACGUCUCAGUUAUCAUGAAGAAUUACAACUCAAGCGCAUGCGAUGGGGAGUAUUUGAGAAUUGAUUGUCCUACGGGAACAUCUAUAGAUAUACAGAAAGCCAUGUAUGGAAGAAAAGUUCCAAGCAGUGUGAUGUGUCCAUCUACUACAGAGACUGGAUCUGGAUCGAGUGAAAAAGUCGACGAAGACACCGAUUGUGAAGCGGUAACAUCAUUUGAGAAAACUGGCGCCGAAUGCCAAGACAAACGAAUUUGCCGAUUACUUGUUCAUAGAAGAGUAUUUGGACAGGAUCCAUGCCCAGGAACCAGUAAAUAUCUAACCGUUCAUUACAAGUGUGCGCCGAAGGAUUUUCACGAGUUGUCUACAUGCUCUCGACAAACCGUCAAGCUGAGAUGCAGAUUAGAUACUGUUAUAUCUAUUUUUGAUGUGAUUCCAUCCGACAGAAAUAAGUGUUCAAAGGCCAUCAACAAAACCAAUUGUGUUAUGAGAAAGUCGGCCGUUUUAGAAGACGUCACCUUGAACUGUCAUUCAAAGGAAAAGUGUUCCUACAUGCUGCCAAGUUCAUCUUGCUUCAACCAUAUGAAGAUAGUACAUACUUGUGUUCCUAAAGAGUUUUUAACCUCGGAAUUACCUUCUUCUGUUCGCUUACUGACCACGACAUCUCCUGCCUUGGACACUACACAAGAUUGGUCAACUGAGCACUCUACUGUCGUACAUUCCACUGUGACUACAUCUAUAAACAGCAAAGGUGAAUCAACAUCGUUCUCUCCGACAUCUACCUCAUUUAUAAUUGAAGAUACCAGUGCAGUAAAUUUAUCAAAUACAACAGGCGACAUUUCAGCAGGUCGAACAAGAUCGCCUCCAGGGAAUUUCACCACCACGAGCUACAUUUUGCCAAAUAAUACCUCUGACUUCACGGGGAAAAUAAAUAAUGAAGAUGACGUAAUUAUUAACAACGACUUUCCCAUUAUUAAGGAUCAGAAUAUGGAUACUAGCAAUAACUUUUCACCAUGUGUCAAUUGUACCUCGGUCAACGUAGCAGGAUCGGGAAAUAUCUAUGACUCGAUGAUGGGAUUAUAUUUGUUUCUCAAGGAAAACAGCGACGACAUUGUUAUCGCAAUUCUUCUGGCAGUAGUCCUCGCUCUCCUUCUAACUAUUUGCGUUCUGGUUCUACCUUGCAAGUUCAAACACGCAAAGAAGAAAGAGAAUAAAGCUGAAGAACCUACAGAAAAUAGCAGACUAAACGUUCAAGAGGAAUAUUCGCCACCUGCUGUUCCAGUUGAAGAGGAUGAACACGAGAAUAUGAGUCUUAUGGGUUCAAUUCUUCAACGAUCUGUUUCUUCUACGAAUACACUUCAGCGUCAACAGAUCACUUCCACUACACCGCAGAAGAAAAAGAAAAAACAAACCGUCCAAGAUGAAAGUAAAAGCAGCUGUGGUCCUCAAUCAAUUUUUGCCAAAAUUUGUUGCAAUUGUUGUUGUAACAAUGCACCAUGGCAACGAACUCGCAUAUUGAAACGUCAUCGUGGAGAUGUAUACCGUGUCACCCAUCGGUAUUCGUCGUCCUUGGAAGACGAAGAACUUGCCGGUCGUUUUCAAUCGAGGGAAACUUUUCCGGUAUUUAGUAGGACUGAUGACAAUGUUGAUAAUCAGUCACCAAUCCCAGCGUUAGAAGAUCAUGCCAAUCGUUCAGAAAAUACAGUUGCUUCGUCAGCACCUCCAACAACACAAGAAAAUAUAAAUUUUAGACCGAUUUCUAGAUCGACACAAAGACAUUAUAGUGCAACUCCAGAACCCGAUUAUACAAGAAGGACUAAUCAAACGUUUAGGCCAGGAGUACGGCAUGAAAGCCAGCGCAGCGAUCCCGCGCUCAACAUAUACAGUGUUCAUAAUCAGUAUAAUACUACACAACCCAUGACAGCACCAACCUCGCCAAUAAUAAGCCAUCAAGCAAAAAUUCCAAAUAAUUACUUGAACGGUACUCAUAAUCACUUCAACAAUCACGCGCAAGUGGCAUCGACACCAAAGUCUCCUCAAAUGGGUAUAUCAUUGACUCACAACUCCCAAUUGCACAUUGCAGGAGCACAUGUUGCACCACCCCAGUCCCCUCGGACUCCAAAGUACACUCCGCCACCAACUCAUUUUUAUAGUACUCAGCAAUAUACUCCUAGUUUUACGGAGGCAUUUGAACAAUAUGACAACGCGCAACAACGUGAUAUGGCCGUCCGAAAGAAACAAUUCCAUCGGCCCCAAUACAGCACCCAGUACAGUCAUGAGUAUAAUCCAAAUAAUGGUAAUUACUCCGGUUACUACACUCAAAACAAUUAUGGUGAUCAAUUUGUUCAAGCUGUACAGAGAAGAACAAUUCCGUCCAAUGCCCGGACGGUUGACCUUGCCGCCAACGCACGCACUGUGGACUUAUCUCAUGAUAAUUCCUUAUCUCGAAAUUCUUGGUUAGAAAUUCGCCGUAGUUCAAUUUAUGAUAAUUCUUUGCCAAGAAACAGUGAAAUGUACGAAUAUUAUAAUCAACUUCAACAGCAAGAAAUGCAUCAUAAUCUUGUACAACAUCACGAUUUGCCUGGUUCUAGAAAUUUGAAUCAUUACUAUUAAAGCUAAAAACAGCUAGCUAUCAGAAAAUUAUGCACUUUUUUACAAAAAUAUGGAAAUAUUCAUAAAAUAGCUAACUGCUUACAUUUGAAUUUCAAUUUUUUUAAAUGUUGUAUUUUAUGACAAAAUUUGGUCUUAUUACCACCCCUUCAAUAACAUCCUGCCACAAUAGUGACCAACACAUAUGACGUAACAAAGUCGAUUUGCGAAAUGUUUUGCGAUUUACGAGAUUUUCUUAUUUAACUAAUUGUAAAUAGAUUUCGUCUAAAGUUAUCCAAAUAGGCAAUAAAAGAUACAUGUGUUAUUUCGGAUUGGAAAAUUUAGAUAUCAGUUUAAAAAGUAAAACGCAAAAAUAUGAAAUGUAGCUCUAAAUCGUGUUCAUAUCUGUACUUUUCUAAUUUACAUUUUGUUCCUUCUUAAUUUUAUGAUUCAUUUGUUGCGUUGAAUCAUUGUGCACAAAGCAGUGUUUUCAUACUUAUUUUUUUUUACUAUUCUCUGGUGUUUGCACGGUGCAUACAAGAUUAAUUUAAGAAAUAAAUCAUCGUGAUUCAUACUUGUAUUUUAUAGGUAAAAUUGGACACCUCUCCUUAAUUGGUACACAUGUCUGUAAAAAUUUAAUUUAUUUCGGAACUGGUCAUGUUUCAAAAUAGACAAGAGUUUUAUUCCGUACCGAAUUCCAUGACUUUUCAAGUUAUAUAUUGGGUUAUCAUACAUUUGUGGCAGUAAAACGUUUUUGAAAUACCCAGUAAUGUGUACAACACGACGACCAAAUCCAAUACAGAAGUUUUGCAAUGAAUGAUACUAAUACUAAUAUGUUUAGAGGAGCAAUAAUUUAUCUUCUUCUGUUCAUUUACAAGGUGACGUGAUAAUUCAUUUUCUAUCCCGUUUUUGUGCAAGUGAUUUAAAUCACAAAAAUUAGCUAAUUGUUUCCAAAUCACGAACAAGAACCAAAUUAUAUGUAACAUCAAUUGGUAAUUAUUUUGAGUUCGUAUUUAAAACGACCAUUUCAAAAUUUUAGCAUCGACGAGAGAUUUACUAUACGCAUUUUAUCUGUCCCCAUUUAAUAAAGUGAUCAAUGGCACUAACAUUUCAUAUUUUUUCCCCCACAUUUUGCGAAAUAUUUAUUAUUAUUAAUACUUUUAAUUUUUGCUGCUUUAUCAGUAACAUUCACCUGAAAUCUCAAUAUUUGAAGAAGCGUUGUGCAAUUUUUUUAUGUAUCGCAGGUGUAUUUUCAUGUUUUUUAAUAAAAUCUCCACACAAUACCAGA